AUGUUGGAACCGUCCAACCGUACAAUGAAUGCAGUUCGUGUUGCUUUGAUAGCUGUGGCUGGAAUCCUAGAAGACCAAGCACCUCCAGCGGCUGAACUAAACUCGAUCACUUCUCAGAAUAUUUUGGAAAGUUAUUUGAACGUUCUCAAAGGAAACUAUGAUGACUCCGAUAUUGUUGGACAAUGUCUCACCUAUAACUUGGUGGAGGGAUCAAGUUAUUUCAUUUCAAGAGGCUACAGAUCCGAAAUCCAAAAUCAUCUUUUAGUAUAUCUAACAACCAGAACUUAA